GUCAGUGAACAGGAGCAGGAGAAGCCUAAGGUGGAGGCAGUCUUAUUUUUUUCUUCAGUACUGUCUGCCAUGAUUUGAAAUCUGACCACAGUCAGUAAUUGUUGAAGACUGGAAUGACAAGGCCUCUGGGCUUUGUUCUGAGCCUUUAAUUUGGGAACAUUAAUGUUCACAGUGGCUCAAAAACUCUGAUUCUCAGCUCCUUCGGAGACAAGGAUGCAAGCAUAAGGUAUUUCAUCAUAAGGACAACGUUCCGGUGCUAAAUACUCAAGAUAACAGUUCCCAGAAACUCAAUCCCAGUAGCAAUUUCCGAUGUCAGCCUCAGCUUGUGCAAUGUAUUUCCAAGCUCUUGAGAGCAGCGCCAACGGUCCCCAGUGUCCGGACUUCCCUGCUUGACCUCCUAAAUAUUUGCAGUAUCUCCAAGUGAGUAGAAAUCUCACUGGAACUUAUAACAGACUUGACAGGCUAAAUGCAGGAAGGAUGCUUUCAUUAAUUAAAGAGUCUAGGACACAGAGGACAGUUUGAGAAAAAGGGGUCAUUUAGUGCUGAACUACGUUUAGAUUUGGAACUCUCCAUCCUGGAGGGCUUUGAAGGCUAAGUAUUAAGUUUAUUCACAACAUCUUUACUUAAUAAGGGAUACAAUGCCAAUAAAAAGUACUCACUCCCUUGGAAUUUUUCAUGUUUUAUUGUUUUACAACAUUGAAAGACAAGCAAGACAAUAACCCCAAGCCUAAAGCCAAAGCUGCACAGGAAUUUCUUAAAAGCAACCAAGUUAAUGUUUAGGAGUGGCCAAGUCAGAGUCCAGACCUCAGUCCAACUGAGAGUCUGUGGCUGGAUUUGAAAAGGUUGUUCACACAUGAUCCCCGUACAAUCUUGACAGAGCUUGAGCAGUUUUGUGAAGAAAAAUGGGGGAAAAUUGCAAUGUCCGGAUGUGCAAAGCUGAUAGAGACCUAUCCACACAGACUAGAAACUAUAGUUGUUGCCUAAGGUGCAUUUACUAAAUACUGACUUGAAGGGGGUUUGAGUGCUACAUCCAAACGAAAUCUAGCUGCAGGAAGUAAAGAGAUCAACUGUAGCAGAGACAAAACUCGUGACCGGUCACGACAAAGCACAAUCAAAAAGUUAUCAUCUGCUAACCAGGGAGGUAAUGAUGUUAUUAAACGGUCACACGGUCGGAUGGCAGCAGAGUCUGACACUCGGAUUAGUAAAUCGAAAUCUGAUGGCCAGAUCAGUGACAAGGUUGCUCUGGAGGCAAAGGUGAAAGAUCUCCUUGCUUUGGCUAAAAAUAAGGAUGUGGAGAUUCUGCAUCUGAGAAAUGAACUUCGAGAUAUGCGUUCCCAACUGGGACUGAACAAUGAUUUACCUGAAGGAGAGGGGAAGACUGAGGCAAAAGAGAGCGCUGUACCCCAUCAGUCCAGAGACAUAGAAUCAAGUUUACUCCAACUGGAAGAGCAGAACAGUACAAUCCGGGAUGAGCUGAACCAGAUGAAAAAUGAGAACCGAAUGCUGAAAGAUCGUCUAAAUGCUCUUGGUUUCUCUUUAGAACAAAAAGUAGACAGUGCAGAGAAGCUGUUUGGCUUUCAGUCCUCAAGUCCUGAGGUAGUUGCUGGCAACCAAAGUGAUGGUGGGACGUUAACUUCCUCAGUGGAGGGAUCAGCACUUGGUUCCAUGGAAGACCUGCUGAGCCAGGAUGAGAACACUUUAACUGACAACCGCAGCAAUUCUCUUGAUAACCUGGACAGUGAGUCCAGUGAGGUCUACCAGCCUCUUACUUCUAGUGAUGACGCAUUAGAUGCUCCCUCGUCAUCUUCUGAAUCUGAAGGUGCACCAAGCAGAGAGCGGUCAAGGAAGGGGAGCAGCGGGAAUGUAAGCGAAGUCUCAGUGGCCUGUUUAACAGAGCGCAUUCACCAAAUGGAAGAGAACCAGCACAGCACAGCAGAGGAGCUUCAGGCUACCCUUCAAGAGCUGGCAGACCUGCAACAGAUUACACAGGAGCUGAAUUCUGAAAAUGAGAAGUUAGGGGAGGAAAAAGCCAUUCUGAUGGAUUCCUUAUGCCAGCAAAGUGAUAAACUGGAGCACUUCAGCAGACAGAAUGAGUAUUUUCUUUCUUUACUGGAUGAGCACCACAUUUCGUAUGUUCUAGACGAAGAUGUAAAAAGUGGCCGCUACAUGGAACUGGAGCAGCGUUAUAUGGAUCUUGCUGAAAAUGCACGUUUUGAACGUGAGCAGCUUCUUGGAGUACAGCAGCAUUUAAGCAACACGCUGAAAAUGGCAGAACAAGACAACAAGGAUGCUCAGGAACUGAUAGGUGCUCUGAAAGAACGUAACCACCAAAUGGAACGGAUCAUAGAUUCUGAGCAAAAGGCCAAAACGGCACUUGCUGGAGCGUUGGAAGAAUAUAAAGUAACUGUUGCAAAUGAUCAGAUUGAGCUAAACAGGUUCAAGGCUCUAUUAGAACACGAGAAACAGAAAGUUGCAGAACUGUAUGCUUUUCACAAUGCAGGUGAUAAAUCAGAUUUACAGGAACUGUUGGAGACAACACGACUUGAUAAAGAGAAAAUAGAGGCCUUGUACAACAACCUCCAGGAGGAACUGGCCCAUAUUCGUAAUGAUGCUAAUCGACUACAGGAUACCUUAACCAAGGUUGAAGAUGAAUACAGAAUCUUCCAGGAGGAAGCCAAAAAACAGAUAGAUGAACUUAGUCUGAAUGUUGAAAAACUGAGAGCGGAACUGGAAGAAAAGGAAACUGAGAUAAAUGACAUGAAGGAGACCAUUUUUGAACUGGAAGAUGAAGUGGAACAACAUCGAACAGUCAAACUCCAUGACAACCUCAUCAUUUCAGACCUGGAAAACACUGUUAAAAAGCUUCAAGACCAAAAGCAUGACAUGGACAGGGAGACCAAAAUCCUCAACAGGAGACUCAGGGAGGAGUCAGCCGAGUGGCGGCAAUUUCAAGCUGACCUCCAGACUGCUGUUGUCAUUGCUAAUGAUAUUAAAUCUGAAGCACAAGAGGAGAUCAGUGACCUAAGGCGGAGGCUACAGGAGUCAAUGGAGAAAACUGAGAAGCUCACCAAAGAACUGGAGGAAGUGAAGGCACGCAAGUACGUGGGAUGUUGUGAUGUGAUUUGGCAAGAUGAAGAGCGAGGGCGAAUGUACAAUUACAUGAAUGCUGUCGAGCGAGACCUUGCUGCUUUAAGACAAGGUAUGGGCCUAAGUCGCAGAUCAUCCACAUCCUCUGAACCAUCCCCAACCGUCAAAACGCUAAUUAAAUCCUUCGACAGUGCUUCCCAAGUUGUCCCUAACACUAGUGCAACUGCCAUUCCACGAAGCCCUCUUAGUCCAAGCCCUCUGAAAACCCCACCAGCAGCUGCUGUGUCACCAAUACAGAGACAUUCUAUCAGUGGGCCAAUAUCAGCACCAAAAUCUCUGUCCGCACUGACAGAUAAAAGAUCGAGUUACACUGAGAUUUCAGUUCCAGCAGAUCACUUACUGAGAUCUUCCUCUACAAAUCGAUCACCAGCGUCUUUACAGAGAGUUCAGGCCAUUGACUCUGCAAAGUCCAUAUCUGUGUCUCGAAGAAGCAGUGAGGAGAUUAAACGUGAUCUGACAGUCACAGAUAGCUCCUCUCCAUCAUCAUUGAUGGGGAUGACUACCACCUCACCACAGUUGUCCUUGACAUCCUCAUCCCCUACAGCUUCAGUAACGCCAACUGCACGUAGCCGCCUCAGGGAGGAGAGAAAAGAUCCGUUGUCAGCAUUGGCUCGUGAAUAUGGUGGCUCCAAGAGGAAUGCACUUCUGAAAUGGUGUCAAAAGAAGACAGAAGGUUAUCAGAACAUCGACAUCACAAACUUCAGCAGUAGUUGGAAUGAUGGGCUGGCAUUCUGUGCUGUGCUUCACACCUAUCUUCCAGCACAUAUCCCAUAUCAGGAGCUGAACAGUCAGGACAAGCGAAGAAAUUUUUCCCUGGCUUUCCAGGCAGCUGAAAGUGUUGGCAUCAAGUCUACACUGGAUAUCAAUGAGAUGGUGAGCACAGAACGGCCAGACUGGCAGAGUCUGAUGCAAUACGUGACAGCUAUAUACAAGUACUUUGAAACUUGAAUCUUGCAUCUGUGACCAGUAAAGCCAGUGUUUGCAGAGCAACAGUUGAUUUUGGGCACGAGUGUUGAUACAGCUCUUCAUAUAACAGCCUUACAACAUUCAUUCCAGUAACUUCACACAGCAUCACUUUGAAAAGAAAGAACAUUCCCCAGGUUCUAUAACUUGUCCAGUGAAGAGAUGCGCAGCUGAGAGACGGCACUGUUGUUCUAAAUUUAUCUGUUGGUGUAUGCUUGCAGUGGUGAACUGACGAAUGGUAUAGCCUCCAAAGGCUGAGAAAUAAACGAUCCAUUCCAACUAACAUUAAAGACUUGCUGCACUGAUCGGAGAAGAAAAAUGAAGUUAUGUCCAAAAGUCAGGCAGCAUUUACAAGUGUCAGUCCACACAGUAAUAUCCAUGAUGCUCCCUUCACCAAUGCCUAAUUCCAUUGUUAAGCCUUGAGCUCACAGUACAAUUUCAAACUCUGGCUUUGAUAAGUCACCUGGACUAUGGUUUUCAGGGUGAAUAGCUCAAGUUUAGCAUUAGUACUUGGUCUUAGGGUGUCACUCUGAACAGUCUGUUUACUCUGUCAAAUCCUAAAAUCAUGGUCCACGGUUUAUAGAAAGACUUCCCCAAAGGAUCAUCUACAAGUGUUGAAUAAUUCUUCCAGACAAAUGGAGGAGGUUCUUCCAGACCAAUGAGAAGAAGUCUCCUGUGUCAAAAGGCUAGUGUCUUCAAACUGUCCUUAUUUAGAAUAUUAACUACUUAUAACGAGCUAGUAAUUUUUGUAUCUGCUUAUCAUGUUUUUAAUUUUCUUUAGAGAAACUGGCAGUUCAUAACAUGAACAACUUCCAUCCCUUGCAAAUCUGUCAAAGUGUUUGCAAAUAUACUGCUGUUUUUGAGUCAACUCUGAUGCACUUCUAACAACGUACAAUUAGUUUACACUGCACAUGUCGCCCACAGUGGAUUGUUUGAUGAUACUGUGUUAAAGGAGCUUUACAUAUAUGCUGGGAAUGCAUUAAUGGGGUACUGUAGAGGAAGAUUUUAUAGUGACCCACUAAGGUAUUCCCAGCAAAGGUACACCAUUUAUUAAACGCAGAGUAAAGGUCUGUGCUCAGUGUUUUAUCUGACACCAGUUGGAUAACCAACUCCAUCAACUUUACCGAGUUCUAAAUAAGGCAGGAAUUUGUCUAGGAAUUCUGAAGUAAUGCCAUGUUCUCAUCAUUUCUUCAGAGGUGAAAAGGCAGGUUUGGGUUUCUCAGUCUUCAUUCCAAUUAAGAUCUUUAUCUGUUUUAUCUUUUAAUGAUUUUAUAAUUCUUUGACUAUUAACCAUUGUGUAACUGAUGGAGAGCAUUCUUGUGGACUUCCGUCAAAUUAUCUGUGUAACUGAUGAAAUGUAUGAUGAACUGCUACCUGACUGCCUGUGUAACUGAUGAAGAAUCCUAAUGGAUGCCCAUCAAACUGUUCCAAAUGAUUAUUGUAAUGCCUUGAUGGUCCUCCCCUAAAAUGCCCAUUCCAGGUGGCAGAACAUCCUAAAAGAUCUCUACCAGACUGCCCUGUCCAACUGGUGAAAAUUCCUUACAGACCUUGAGCUUUCACCCUGCCCAACUGAUGAAAUUUCCUUACAGACCUUGACCACACUGUCUGUCCAACUGGUGAAAAUUCCUUCAGGCCUUAACCAGUCUGCCCUGCCCAUCUGAUGGAGGAUUCUGAUGGAACUUGACCAGACCACCUGUAUGAUGAAAUGUCCAGAUGGACAGACCCUGGUAACUUGUGAAAUGCUCUUUUGGACUUCAACAAGACUGCCCUGCGAGUUGAUGGAUUAUACUGGCUGAUGUUUUCCAAAUGACCAUAUAUACUUGGAGCAUCUGCUAAGGCGCCUGAGGUGGACUUCCAAUACACUGCUGCAAUUAUUGCUGGAGAUUCCUGGGGAACUCCACUGAGCUGUCUAAGGUAACUGUUGUACUGUUCUCUGUAGCCAAUGGAUGUCCCGGAUCUUCAUCUACAAUCCAUAUUGACAAAGUUGCUUCAUAUCAUUACUUUCUGACACAUGCCUAUUGACUUACAUUUCUUUAACACUCACUGUGAUUGAAAGAUAAUUUUAAUGGUCUAAAUGGGAAGAUAAUAACCUAGAGUAUUGGUCAAUCCAGUUUACAUUAAUCUCACCCUUGUUACUACACUCCUUGCUGACAAGUCUCCACAAUAACAGAGAUUGCCUCUUAAGUUAACCCCAUAAGUCAUUUCUAUUGAAAAGGGUUUGAUGCUUGAUGCCUUCUAUUCUAAACACUAUCUUCUGGCUACACCUCUUAGUCCCACUAAUUGAUGCUAAAGCUCACAUUGGUGUGUAUUUUCUGACACAGUGGACAAUGAUCUGUCUGACAAGCACAUUCCCUUUUUAUUGGCAGUAAAUAGCCUUAUCCCUUUGCUAGAUGCCUCAGCUAUAUAAAGUAUUCUUUCCUUGGAUACAGAUAACCUGUUGUGAUCCAUGUCACAUCAAGUGACACAAAUACCAUGAUGUGAAGACUGAACUCCUAGGGGUGUCCAUUCUGUGUCAGGUGAUGGCUGUUCCUGAUACAUGUCAGUAAGAAUACACGGAAACUGCUGGAAACACUCAGCAGAUCAAGUAGCUUCAGAAUUAGUAUUUCAGAUCGGGGACAAUGCUGCCUCACCUUGUUGAGUGUUUCCAGCGUUUUCUGUAUUUGUUUCUGAUCUCCAGCAUCUGCAGUUUUUUUUUAUUUUCCAAUAACUUAUAGGUACCAGUCUUAUUUCACUAAAUGUUUAAUUCUGUAGCUCUGCUCAGUAUUCAAAGCUUUGGGCAUUAUUUAUAUUAUUGACUUAUUAGUAGUAGUGAGUGCCAGGCACACCAUGUUUAGUAUAAAAGCCAGGUAUUUUGAUGGCAUAUAUUAGUUGUAUUUCUGUAAUCUUAUGCUAUCACAGUUAUGUGCAGAAAGUGGUACAGUGUCCAAUCCAGGCAUUCAGUGUAGGAUGCUUUCUGGGCAAGUUUGCUAAACAACCAUGAUUAAUCUUGGGAAGUGUAACAUUAUCCACAUUAAAGGUUCACUUUUCUUUGCAUUAAGUGAUGUUUUG